ACAAUCACAAUGUCUUCUUCCUCUUCAUAUCUCAUUGCCACCCUCUUUCUCUUCUCCAUCAUCACAUCCUCGAUCGCCACCGGCAUAAUUGGCGUAAACUAUGGUCGUGUAGCCGAUAACCUCCCCGGCCCCACUAAAGUCGUCCAACUCCUAAAGUCCAACGGCAUUGAUCGUAUCAAAAUCUUUGAUACCGAUUCAAAUGUUCUUAAAGCCUUAUCCGGGUCUAAAAUCGCGGUCACUGUUUGCCUUCCCAAUGAACAGCUUAAAUCCGCUGCAGCGGAUCAAGCGUUCACUGAUAAUUGGGUGCAAUCAAAUAUACUUCCGUACCAUCCUGACACGAUUAUAGAAUCGGUCGCGGUUGGUAAUGAAGUAUUUGUUGCACCAAAUAAUGUAACUGAUUUUCUCGUACCCGCUAUGAAAAACAUUUAUAAUUCAUUGAUAAAAAACAAUGUUCGUAUCAAUGUAUCAUCACCAAUUGCUUUAAGUUCUCUAGCUACAUCUUAUCCUACCUCAUCCGGUUCAUUCAAACCCGAACUUAUUGAAACCGUUAUGAAACCAAUGUUGAGCUUCUUACAAAAAACCGGGUCACAUCUUAUGGUAAAUGUGUAUCCAUUUUUCGCUUAUGGGCCUAAUACCGAUACAAUUUCGUUAGAUUAUGCUUUGUUACGUGAUAACAAAGGUGUUAAAGAUGAAAAAAGUGGUUUUGUUUACAAGUCUUUAUUCGAAGCACAAGUUGAUGCUGUCUAUGCCGCAAUGGAUGCUCUACAAUUUAAUGAUGUGAAAAUUGUGGUUUCUGAAACCGGAUGGCCUUCUAAAGGUGACGAAGCUGGUGCUGGGCAGGAAAAUGCUGCCCAGUAUAAUGGAAAUUUGGUUAGACGGGUACUCAUUGGUGGUGGGACCCCCGCAAAACCAAAUAACCCGUUAAUUGUUUACCUGUUCGCUUUAUUUAAUGAAAACCAAAAAACUGGUCCAGUUUCGGAACAAAACUAUGGUUUAUUUUAUCCAAAUGAACAAAAGGUGUACAACAUUCCGCUAAGUCUAGCGGAUUUAGCUAACAUGCCAAACAAGGUCGAGUUGACGCCGACACCGGCGCCGGCACCUAGGCCCGUGCCGACACAAGGAGAUGUGCAGGCAAACAAUGUAGGCCAAACAUGGUGUGUUGCAAAUGGGAAGGCUGGUGAAAAAAUGUUACAAAAUGCAUUAGAUUAUGCUUGUGGUGAAGGGGGUGCUGAUUGCCGUCCGAUUCAGUCAGGUGACACGUGUUACAAUCCUAAUACACUUGAGGCACACGCUUCAUAUGCGUUUAAUAGUUACUAUCAAAAACAAUCACGUGUGAGUGGUUCGUGUGAUUUUGGUGGUGCGGCUUAUGUGGUCUCUCAACCUCCGAGAUAUGGAAACUGCAAAUUUCCUACUGGUUAUUAGGAAGUGGAGAAAGAAAGUUAAUGAGUUGGUGGGGUUGUUUAACUCUCCAUGUCAUUUGUGUUUGGAGCAUUCCGAUUAUUAUUAUUAUUAUUAUUAUUAUUAUUAUUUAUUUAUGGUAUUAUAUUGAUUUUUAGAUGAAAGUAGUUAGGUUUGGUUGCUAGUAUUGGCUAAUGUAUGGUUUAUGGUUAUGACUUUAAUGUUUCUUGUAAUUUUAGAUGGAUGGAUCCUUUUCUAAUUUAUAGAAGGGGAUUUCUAAGCUAUCUUUUGUUUAUACUAUAUUUCGGAUUCGGAUUUUUUCUAGAUA